AUGGUAGCCCGUUGUGCCACUUUCCCUAUCCUUGUAACUCUCUUACUCUUCCGUGUUGCACAUUCCAUCCGCUGCCAGCACAGCAAGCACUGCACAACUGAUGAUCCCAAACUUCUAGGCUUAUGCGCCCCACGCCAUCGCGUGUGCUUCACCAUUCCGCAUCCAGCUCGUCACAUUACCGACGACGACGAUCACGACGACGAAGACGCCCCGUUGUUUGUCUCCUUGUCCGAAUUGAUCGAGGAAGCUAACGCUGACAAACUUUCCGUCGCUGCCAAACGCGACGUUAUCGACGCUGUCAAAACCAUCUACAUGGACGUCAACCCGCACCGAUUUCUACAUGAAAACCUCCUCAAGAUCGAUUUUCCGGCCGCGCUGGACAGCAUUGACAUCACCGAAGAAAUGACCAAUGUCGAGUUUCAUGAGAACAUGAUGAAUGCCUUUCAACUCAUGGAUGACUAUCAUUCAGUAUUUCUCGCGCCGGAACCGUUGAGAACUUCCGUCGCCACGCUUGGCUUCGCCGUCGCCAAGUUUUUCGAGGAAGGAUCCAGGCAACGACAGUAUAUCGUCAAUGAUUUGCUCGCAGAGCUCAUACCAUCCAAUUCUUCCUUUGGUAUCGGAUCAGAGCUACUCCUUAUCGAUGGUGUGCCCAUCGACAAGUAUGUUCUCACUCUCGGUAAGAAUUCUUCUGCCUCCAACCUAGCAGCCCAGAUCGAUUCUGGCAUUUUUCUGGUGUCCUUCCGAACUCUAGCGUUCGAUCCUAUUCCUUUCAGUUCAACUGUCGAUAUAGUUUAUCUGACAACAGAGGGAAUCAGGAAAUCGAUCACGCUCCCAUGGUUCUUUACCAAACUUUACACCCAAGAGGCCGCGGACACCAUGUCCCAUGCAGUGCAUCCUGCUGCAUAUCAACCACUGCAUGGAAGGCCCAAUCGUGUGGUUUUCUCCGAAGCGGACAAGCGCAAGUUGUACGAAGAAGUUACCGCAGAGCCGUUAGACAUCACUACGCGAGUCAUCGAGAACGGCCGUGUGCCAAUCGAGGUUUCAUCCGAGUUCACUGAGCGCUUCACCGCAGAAGUGAUUCUAACCAAAUCCGGUCCGAUCGGUCGAUUUGUAAUACCAGAUUUCGGAGCUAGUGUGUCAUUGGAGCUAGCUCUGGAAAUUGCUCGCAUCCUGCGCCUCAUGCCCCUCAACGGAUUGAUCAUGGAUCUUCGAUCCAAUGCAGGGGGAGAUGGGGACUACGUCAAGUUGCUCGCUGAAUCGCUAGUAAGCGAGACCGUGCCGCCUAACCCAAAUACACUCCGAGUGUCCCAGUUUCUGCAAGACCUGUUGCUGUCGGCAGACACGAAAAAUGUGACCGCGGAGGAACUUAUUCUGCUUCCCGCGGUCAUCCGCGCGCUAAACACAUCACUUGCUAUUGGUGAGCAGUUCACAGGUCCAACUGUUGACAUAUAUUCUUCAGAGUUCAGGGAACGAUUUGCUCCUCGGGCGUACUUUGGCCCUGUGCUAACCCUGGUGGAUGGAAUAUGCUACUCUGCCGGGGAUUUAUAUACGUCCUUGCAAAAAGACUAUGGGUUUUCGCGUGUAGUCGGUGUAUCGGACAACGUUGGAGCUGGGGGCGCUUCCGUUUAUCGAUACUCUCAACUUGCUGAGUUAUUCCCGCAAAAGAUAAAGAAGGUGGAAUCUGAGUUCACUAUGGCAUAUGUGCGCUUCUUCCGAAGCGGGACGAGUAAAGGUGCCAUAAUAGAAAACUUCGGAAUUAAGCCAGAUGUGCGGUACUAUCCGACCCGAAAUGAUGCCUUCUCGGAUGACUGUGACUUGUACGAGUUUUUGGGUAGCAUGUUGAAGGAUAUGAGAGAAGAAAAAGACGGGACCAAAAUCGAACGGGAGGAGUUCGACGCCACGUCUGAGGAAGAGCCAAUGCCAGAAGAAGGGCUAACGCUAGAGGAAGGGCCAACACCAGAGGAAUAGGCGAUGCCAGAAGCUUUUGAUUAAGAGAACGACGGGCAACUAGAAAAAGCAAAUGCUAUCUAUCCUAGGCAGUACACAGCUUGAAGGAAAGACAUACUCUAAUAGUAGCAUUAGUAUGACAUACUUUGUGCAGAAGAAAGCGAGUUGCUCGGGAUGGCGCUAACCCGGAGGAAACAAGUGAUGACAAGUAUAAUGGAUAGUUAGUUAAAAACAUAUUCGUGUUGAAGGUAGAGCAACACGGCU